AUGUCGAGACACAGAUUUUUAAAGAAUAUGACCGAUGAUGACUUGGAGGAUUUCGACGAACAAGAUCUUCAAGAUGAUGAUGGUAGUGCAGAUUUUGAUGAUGAGGUUUAUGAUGUCUACGAUGCUGUUGUUGAUGAUACACCAGAUAUUACAUACGAAGAAAUUGAAGAAAUUUUAAUAGAUCACGAUUAUAGUGUGGAUGACGCAAUAGAUUUUAUUUUGGAGAAUUAUGAAAAUAAAAAGUCAAAGAAAAAAGGUGGUAAACAGCAACCACAGAAACCAAGUAAUAAUAAUAAUAAUAAACAGCAAGCAAAUAAACAACCAACUAAAGUUAGAAGAACAAGAAGUGCAAGAUCAACUAAAAAAGAAAAGCUUUUAGAAAAUAAUAAUAGUAAUAAUAAUGAUAAUAAUACAGAGGAUGAAGAAGUAGAUAGUUUAAAUAAAGAGAACAAUGAUGAUAAUAUAAACAAUAAUAAAAACAUUAAUAAAAAAAAUAAUAUAUAUAAACCAUCAUUGUUAGCAGUCGAUUUAUCCACAAUCACCAAAAACCUAUCUAAAAUUAAUAUCGACGAUAAAGAAUUUUCAUUUCAGUCACUUUAUAAAAAUAAUUUAGAUAACGAUGAAAAUGUAAAUGCCAUAAAUAAUACAUUAAAAACAAUGUCAAUUGGUGGAAACAGUAAAGCAAAACCAGUCGAAUCAAAAACACCAUAUAAUACUCCAAUUGGAACACCAAUUAAUGAUAAAAAUAUACCAAAUUCACCAGUUGAUAGAGUUGAUCCAAAUUUAAUAAAUAAUAACAAUAAUAAUAAUACUACAACUACAACAACUACUGUAAAUAAAAAUUUAAAUGUUAAACAACACACAAUAAAUAGAAAUAAAGAAUUAGAAGAGAUGGUACACAAGUCAUUUGCAAGCAGUGAUAAUAAACCCCAUUUAAAUAUGGUAGUAAUUGGACAUGUCGAUGCAGGUAAAUCAACUACAAUGGGACAUAUACUUUUUAAAUUAGGAAAUGUUGAUAAGAGAACAAUGUCUAAAUUCGAGCACGAAUCAAAUAGGAUGGGUAAAUCUAGUUUCCACUUUGCAUGGGUAUUGGAUGAACACGAUGAAGAACGUGAAAGAGGUGUUACUAUGGAUGUUUGUGUUCGUUAUUUCGAGACUCCACAUCGUAAGAUUACAUUAUUGGAUGCACCAGGCCAUCGUGACUUUAUUCCAAAUAUGAUUAGCGGUACCACUCAAGCAGAUGUAGCAGUAUUAUUAAUUAACGCCAACGAAUUUGAAGCAGGUUUCUCAGGUGAAGGUCAAACUAAGGAGCAUGCAUUACUAGCCAAAUCUUUGGGUAUUAUGGAAUUAAUUGUAGCAGUCAACAAGAUGGAUAUGAUAGAAUGGAAUAAAGAGCGUUACGAUUACAUUGUGGACACAAUAAAGAACUUUUUGGUUUCAGCAAAAUUCAAUGAAAAAAAUAUUCGUUUUGUUCCAAUCAGUGGUUAUACUGGCGAAAAUUUAGUCGAUCGUAAAGACCCACGUCUUACUAAAUGGUACAAUGGAAGCACUUUAGUCGAUUAUAUAGAUUCUUUUAGUGUUGGCGAGCGUUUAAUUAAUAAGCCAUUUAGAAUGAAUGUAAGCGAUGUCUACAAAUCAUCAACCAAAGGUUAUGUUUCAGUUGGCGGUAAAAUUGAAGCUGGUUUAUUGGGUGUUGGCGAUAAAGUUCUUAUCUCUCCAGGUAGCGAAGUUUGCUCAAUCAAACACAUCCGUAGAAAUAAUAACGAAAGUGAAUGGGCCGUUGGUGGUGAUAAUGUCGAUUUAUCACUUGUUGUUGAAAAUCCGGCACUCUUACGUGUUGGGGUUAUACUCUCAGACCCAGAGAAACCAAUUCCAUUAUCUAAACGUUUCAUCGCUCAAAUUGUUACAUUUACUCUUCCAAUUCCAAUGACUAAUGGUUAUCAAGCAGUUUUCCAUGCACACUCUAUGGAGGAACCAGCCACCAUUACCCGUUUGGUUAGCUUAUUAGAUUCCAAUGGUGGUGUUUCAAAGAAAAAUCCAAGAUGUGUUUCUGAUACAUGUACAGCUGUUGUAGAAAUUCAAUUGGGUAGAUUAUCAUGUCUCGAAUUAUAUAAUGACUAUCGUCAAUUAGGUCGUUUCACAUUACGUGAAUCUGGUAAAACUAUUGCUGCAGGUUUAAUUACUGAAUUUAUUGAUAAAAAGAAAAAAGAA